AUGAAUCGUCGACACGUUUUCAGUCUUAACGAGUCCUCCUUUUGUGGCCCUGUUGUUACACUUCCUGCGAAUUUUACAUCGACUAAUGCACUGACGUCCUAAAGUUGUUACAAAUUGCUGCCUGCACCGCAGUGUUUAUAUCGAUAAUGUGAUUGCGAUCAUCUCUGGUUUCAUCAAAUUGUUUUCGUUGCGAAACUACGGAUCCUCUGCUUGCCCAUUAUGAUGCUGUUCAAGGGCACUACGAGCCACAAGCCUGUCACCUCUAUAUGUUCCUUAUACGUACUGGCGUAGACCUUCGUGGGUUUCUUUGAUUUCGCACCAAGAGAGCAGCGAUGGGCAAGAAGAAAGGAAAGGGGAAGAAGAAGAAGGCUAAAGAGCCGAGUAAGGAUCCGAAAAUCACCAUUGCCGAGUACCUGCUGGACUGCGGGACGCAGAAGAAGCUUCGUCUGAUGGAGAACGCCAAGGAAUGGGAGGACGAAAACCGAGAGCUUAAGACCCAGGUGGGCGGCCAGCGGUCGGAGCUGGACGCCACCAUCGCGUUCCUGCGCCGCCAGGAGGGCUCAGAGCGGCGCGCCUGUGACGAGGACGUGGCCGCGCGAGACGGCGAGAUCGGAGAGGCGGAGGCGCAGCUGCGCGCCGAGCAGCGCCGCCACGAGCGCGCAGAGUUCGAGCUGUCGGAGGAGCUGCGAGAGGUGAUGAUGGAGGCGACCGACAAACAGGAGCAGGUCGACUUCUGGAAGAACUACCCCUUCAACCAGAACCUGGAGAAACGAGAAAAGAUAAAGUGCCUGAAACUAGGAAUUCAGCAGAUCGAUCAGCUUCAUGACGCAUUUGAAACCCAGCUGGACGGCAACUUCCGCUACAUGCAGAACUACCUGGUGUCGGGCCACGUGCGCCGUCUGGAGCGCGCCAAACGGAGCGCGGCGGCGCGCGCGCUGCGUCACGUCUCGUUGAGCGACCACAGCGACCUGGUGGCGCAGGCGGCUCUCUGUCUGCAGAGCGUCAUCAACCACCAGCACGGCGACACGCUGCGAGACCACAUGGACUGGAUCGAGGGCCAGAACUCGUCUCUGAAGCACUCGCUGGCGCCGCUGCGGCGUCUGGACCCGCCGGCGGUGGCCUCCGCGCCGUCCGGCUCUGACUGCUCCAUCUUCCGUACGGAGCCGGCGCCGGCGCCGUCGGACGACGGCGGCCCGCUGCGACUGCGCGUCGAGGGCAUCACGCACCUGCUGACGGCCGCGCGGCCCUCCUCCGCCGAACGGGCGCUCAUCGACCACGUGCGGGACACCACGCUGGAGCGACUGCGGCCGGACGAAGACGAGCAGCGGGCGCGCGCGCUGGCCAAACUGGUGCGGCCGGCGGCCAGCGAGCACGGCGGCUCGGACGACUCGCUAAGCCACUCCGGUUCAGAGUCUGACGUCAGCCGUCUCAGUGACGACCAGCUGCUGCCCUUCGAGUCGCCCAUUCAGGUGCCGGCGUCGGUGCGCAGACAGGCGCUGCGCCCGUUCGAGGAGUGGUCGCGCCAGCGGCACUGGUGGCGCGUGCAGGCGCCACGGCCGCGCACCCGGCGCUGGCCGGUCACCGGGCCGCACCUGGCGCUCUACGCCGACCAGCCGCCCGUGUUCGACCUGUCCGGGCCCAAGGUGAUCAACGAGAGCCCGUCCGUGUCGUCGGCGCACAUCUCGGACGACUGGGAGCUCGGCAAGGUGGGCUGGCAGGAGCACCUGCGGCGCCGCUCCGUCAUCAGCGCCGACAGUGCCGGCGCCGGACUGGACGCGCCGCCGGCCGCCGGCCGCGCGCACAGCGGCGCCCUGGACGCCAGAGCCGGCUCCUCGCGGGCCGCGACUGGGAGAGCCGGCGGCACGGCGCCACCUGCGGCCCGAACUGGGAGGGGGUCGGCCACGGGACGGCCCUCGGGCAGCUCACUGGCCAAGAGCUCCUCCAGGAGCGAGGUGAAGACAAACGCAUCGAAACAAUCGAUAACCAGUGCCAGUUCAUCGAAAAGCGUCACGACAAAGGCUUCCUCCAAAGCGACAUUGAAAACUGUCUGAACAAAAUACUGACGAUAAAUUAUUUCCUUCUUGUGCAUUCAAUGACUUUUUUUUUGCAAAAUGAUAGAAUCUGCAAGUACCUGUAUUUAACCGGCGACGGAAUACACAGUCUAUUGCACCAAAUACAUGGCAAAAUCCACCAGUCA